AUGAUCGACGAGGCGAAAGACGAUGUAAGCUGGAGCGAGUGGAUUGUACGGACGGCGGUCCCACAACGCUGUGUUUUUACCGACGGUUCGACCUACGAAUGUGAUAUCGUCGUCGGCGCAGACGGCAUCUAUAGCACGGUUCGUAAGAUCCUGCUUGGUGAGGAAGAUCCGGCUGCGCAUCUAAGGAAUGCUGGCUGGUGGGCAGUUAUGGCUUUGAAGCCUUACGAGGAGGCGCGAGCCUGUCUGGGCAGUGAGUAUGCUCGUGACGCUGAUGCCGAGGCAUCUGACAGUUGGCAGCGUGUCGUAUCUGUUGAGGAUAUUCUCAAACUAUACCAGGACUGGCCGCCGUACCUUAAGGAUGCGGUAGUAAAGUUACUCUGCGGCCAACCCGAACAGCCAGCUAUAUAUUUCUGGGAGCAUCCGCCCGCUCGAACGUACGCAUAUGGGCCCAUUUGCAUUGUAGGUGACGCCGCGCACGCAACAACACCUUGGCAUGGUUCCCGGGGUGGCAUGUCAAUUGAAGACACUCUUGUGCUCUAUGCUUUGCUUGGACAUGCGGGAACCCGUACGGAGGCGCUUAAAGCCUUGGAGAUCUAUGACCGUGUCCGACGUCCUCGGACACAACGAAUCGUAGAAUCCAGCAGUGUCACGGGAGCUAUUUUGACUGGAAAGGGUGAGGAGACAGAACUGGACCUGGACAAACUUCGAAAGAAAUUGCUUCCAAGAUGGGACUUCAUUCUUGAUUUUGAUAACGAAAAGCAUCGUGAUAAAGCGAUCGAGAUGAUGACUUUGGAGUUGAAGACUUGA